AUGCCUGGCAGCGUAUCUGGGACCAGCAGGCAGGGGCCGCAGAGGGCCGCCGCACAGGCCGAGAGGCGUCGCAAGGGCAAGCGUGCCAGAGAGGACCAUUCAUGUGAAAUGUGCGGUGUGAAAGGGCUGGAGCGUAAUGAGUUCACUGAUAAGAGCCCCCAUGCCUCACAUGAGUACAUCGUCUUCUCGAAGGGAAGCGACGAUUUCCCGAAGGGGGACUGUCUGAAGUGCGACGCAACUUGGGUUCUGGGCGGCUUUCAGACUGAGUUCAAAACCAAGGGGAAGUUCUUCGAGGAGAGGGCCAAGGAUCAGACCAUCCAGGACGCUUUUAUCCAGUGCGGGAAAUGUUGGUUGGCAGCGCAUAACGCUGGCAAGCGUUGCAAGCCGCAGAGCGACAGCCAUCGCAAGAAGUACGGCGAGAACACGAUCGACAAGAUGCAGGGCCUCCGCACGACUCGCAAACGCAUUUUGAAGAAGAGUGGCCGAACUACGAAGAUCAAGAACCCGCUGAAGAUCAUGACUCCCGAGCGCUACAAGGAGGCGAAGGGGCGCCUUCCUGAAAAAGACGGUCUGGUUUGUAAGUGGCUCCGUGCUCCAGGCGCCCCCGGCGGCAAGGUCUGGGGAGUUUCUUUCAGAUCGCUACCCGACGGGGAGUGGGAUGCCGAGGACGAGAUGUACGAGGGAGUUGAGGACGAGGAGGAGCUGGACAAUGGCGAAGAUGUCUUGCGGGCCGACCAGCAAUCCGUUAUUUUUGAGGCAGCCUCGGAGGCCAUCGGGUCAUUGUCCAAAGACGCAGUCUUCAUCGCCUUGGACGCUGCCCCGGGCCAUGGCAAUGGCUCGGUGGCCGUCGAAGUUGGUGGCCCGAGCGACGAGGAGGCGAGUUCUGACUCGGGCAGCACGUCGUCAAGCGCUGGCGAUUGGGCGGCCGCGGGGUCGUCGUUCCUAUGCGCCUUGGAGGAGCCUUCCAGGGAUGCCGCCCAGUCAAGCGGGGCCCGCGCCGGCGCUGGCCGAGCAGCAUCCACGAGGGCAAGGGCCCCACCUUCCAGAGCACCUCCGCGGAAGCUGCCGAAGACCACCCCUGAGAAGGGCGAGCCCGAGAAGUCGCCGCAGCCGGGACCGUCGCCGCCUAUCGAGCAUCAUGACCUCACGAACGACACGGACAGCGAGCUGCAGAGCUGCGGUUUCAAGGACGUCGAGAAAGUGUUCCUUGAGCCGCAGAUCGACGCCGCUCAGCAGAGAGCCUUCGAGACUAAGGCCAACGAGCUGCACAGUGCUCUUGCCAAAGUGCUCACCGAUACGAACAAGGCCCAGACCGCCAUCGCGCGCAGGAAGGGUAGCCAGAAUGCCACCAAGGAAGUCAACGAUCUGAAGCUCGAUCUCACCAACGUGAUGAAGAUUUUCAGCAGCAUGAAGGGUGGCAAGAACGAGUGGUCCAGCGUCUGCGAGGCCUGGAAGAAGCUCGGGACCAGCUGGAGGCAAUGCAUCGACAGCUGCACCGGCAUCGUCGCUUGGGGCGCGAGAAGGGACGUCAUGGAGACCCUGAAAUACGGCAGGAUGAACCACUUGAAGCCGAUCUUCCAUGGCGGUCACGAGCUCUUCGAUCUCCGAGUUGCGUCGGCCGUGCCCCAGGAGCCCGACUACUCGGACUUCGCCCAGCACGUCGUCGAGCUGGCUCUCGCGAAGCUGGUGCCGUCGCUGGGGCGAAACGUCAGGCAGCCAGCUCAGCUCGUUGAGCCUCUCCGGGAGCUGUGCGACAUUCUGGUCGGAGAGGAGUCCCCGUUGCCGCAGGCGGCGCACGACGACCUGAGGGCGUUGAAGGCCGCGCUCUCGGACCACGAGGCCGCCGCGGAGCCUGAUCCCGCGCAGGAGUCCAUGGACGCUUUGGACACGCUUCGCCAUGAGAACGUCAAUGAGAACAGCAUCCUGUAUCCCAUCGCGGGCGUCGCCUCUUUCAAGGGGCUCGUCGCCAUGCUGGCAGAAGUCAACAAGGACAAGCUGAAGAUGCUGACCAGGAGCCAGGUCGUCAAGAUUGCGAAGGCCGCCCUGGUCCAGCUCGACGUCUUCGAGUCAGACUCCGGGGCCUUGAACUCGUUCAAGGCUGCCAUGGCGAGGGCGACUUCGCAUGCGAAUACAGUCAAGGUGACGCACCGCGACCGCGGCGCCUACAGCGAGUUGCUCGGCUGCCUGAUUGACAAAGUGGAUUCAGCAAUCAAGGUCUGCGACAGCAAGGUCGCGGACGGCGACGCGUCUGAGGUUGAGAAGCUCGAGAAGUUCGUCGUCGCCCUGGGGUUCAAGGAACAUCAUUUUGGACCAGAGGCAAGCGUCUUCAAAUCUUGGGAGAGCUACGUCCGGGCCACAAAGCAUCGGAGGCAGUUGGCAGGCUCAGUCCAAGCCAUCAAGGAUGAGAAUAAGUUCGCGGCAGACAGGCUGAGCGCGGUCGUCAUGGUGAAAUCCUUGCUCUCCAGUGCCACCGUGCCAAUGUCCGAGGAGGCCGACAAGAAGAUCCAGGAUUGCAUCCAGGCUGCUGGCGUCGAAGAGUCCGCGAAGCAGGAGGGCGCCAUGGUGCUCAAGAAGUUCUUCGCGUCGGCCUUUGCCGGCGACGUGGUGGUCGUGCCCCCAGAUGGAGCUGAAUUGGAGACCUUGCGAUGGCUACCAUGGUUUGGAACUCCAGCUUUCUUGCAGGCGUGCGUGAAGUUGACGACGCCGCUGGCGUUCUUCAUGUCGCAGGCCGAGAACAUCCAGAACUUCGUGGGUAUUGCUCCGUCUGCCAAGCCAGAUGACUUCGCCGUGACGGCCUACCGCCACGCGAAAUUCGUGGCGGAUAUCGCCCGCGAGGACCUCCACCACAGGAUCGAUGUCAUUCUGAAGGGGUACGUUACCAACGACGACCAAGUCAGGGCCUCCGUCGACCUCGUCAUCCGCUAUGGCGGCACCAUUCGCGGCAAGGCCAAUGAGAUGAUCGACUGCCACGUUAAGAGGUACGCAGCCAGCGUGGAGAAGUUGCAGAAGACUUCAUUCGACCCGCCCGGCCGCGCCGACGGCAAGGACAAGCUGGGGUCCGACGAGGACUUCAAGCAGAGCUUCAACCCCGAGGCCGCCAAGAAGUGCAUGAACGAGGUGAAUGCCGACAAGACGUCGCUUUGCCACGUGUUGACCGCGUUCGGCGAGAAGGAGGCCAAGAUCGAGGUUCUCGAGGAGGGCGACAUCGCCGUCAAGAACAUCAAGCGCCAGAUCAAUCGGGCAGCGGUCAUCAUCCUCGUGAACAUGAGCCAGAUAUCCCAUCCAUCUCGCGGCGCUGCAGCUCGCAAGAACUUGAAGGCCAUCAGCGAUGCCAUUACUAAGCUUGGAGGUGACUGCCUGACUGAGGAGACAGCUAAGCGAGUCGAGGAGAUCCUUGGCAACGACGAGUCUGCAGAGGACGGCGGUGCAGGGAACGAGGUGCCGACCGAUGGCCUGGGCGCACCCGAGGGCGAGAAGGGCACCGAGAACGGGGCGAAGGAUGAGAAGCGUAAGCCAGCCAAGGCUAAGAAGGAGCCCAAGGAGAAGAAGGAGCCCAAGGAGGGGAAACCAAAGAAGGAGAAAAAAGACAAGAAAGAGAAGAAAGAUAAGAAAGAGAAGACGGGCUAG